AACAAUGACUUCAUUAACAUGAUGCCCAACAUGACCAGUCCAACUGGAAUUUACUGCUUUGCUGCAACAUUGGAUAUAUGAAUUUUCCCUCUGGACUUAAUUCUUUAAAUAUCUUGAUGUGUCUGAUUCUACUACAUCCAUUCUCAGGUGUAACAUGGAAGUUUGUUAAACUUCCCUCCAUCCAAGAAGAAGCAUGUUGAUCACAAAGAUUGAAGCCAAGGAGGCCUGCGAUUGGCUGCAAGCGGCCGGCUUCCCUCAGUAUGUGCAAUUAUUCAAAGACUGCAGGGUUCCCAUUGACAUUGAGUGGGCGAAGCGUGACCACCACUUCCUGGAUAAGGACGCCCUCGAUUCACUCUGCAGGAGAUUGAGCACUUUAAACAAAAGUGUGGAAAUGAGGCUGGAGCCACGCAGAUCAAAACGCAGGGGAGACGACUUUGACGAUGAAGACUUCUGUGCCAUCAGCCCCCACUGGGCCUACGACAGGCGGAUCCGACGAUGGCGGCGCCUCGACUCGGCGGUGGACGCCGUUUGCUCGUCCGAGAGCGCCACCGGACGCCAGCAUGCAUCUCCGUGUGACGUCGGCGACCGCCAUGAUGUCUGCUCCAUCCACAGCUCCAGCAGCACCGAGAGCGAGGGCCACAACGGACACCGCAAGGGUCACAGAGACGCCGCCAACGCCACGACACCCGCAGACGACCAGGAGACCAGCAGGAGCUUCUCUCGCUGCUCCUCCGCCAACAAGAUGCUAUUUGUGGACCCCUCGUUUAGUGGACCCUCCUCCCCCGAUGGACGUGUUGGAGGAUCAUCCACCAUGACUCUGGAUGACGAAGGCUGCUUCCCAGACAAACCGCCCAGGAAGAAGGGCACCAGUCUGCUGAGGAAGAUGGAGAAGCUGAGGCUCAGGGGAAGGACUGGCCUCCUCCCUCCUGCUCACAGUAGCGGUUGUAACAGCGAGAGUCGGGCCCGGCACGUUACCGCCGGGCCGGUUCGGGUCCAGGAGGAGGAGAGCAUAGAGAGGCUGCACGGCCCAUCAAGGAUGCAGGGUCGACCCGACAGCCGUGCGUCCUCCUCGCCCUCGUCCCCUCACACCAUCAGCAGCAGCAGCAGCAACACCCACUCCGGAAGCAGCAGCACCGUCAGCACGCCCAGCCCGGUCACCCGGGUCAGGAGUAACUGCAAACGCUCCAACAGCGGCGUCGGGGUCGUCGGGGGAACGACCUGGAACAACCAGAACCACACGGGAGCAGAGGACUUCAGGAACCAGAUCAACAACAACAACAACAGCAGCAGCAGCAGCAGCAGGAGCAGCCCCGAGAGUCUGAUCUUCCAGAUCCCCAACGGGCACAAACCGGGGACCUUCCCCACCUCUCUUGCACACAAACACCCCAUCCUCCCCCCGGUCAUCGACAACACCUCCGUCAACUGGAGGACCGGGAGUUUCCACGGCUACCGGGGCCGAGACAGUUCCCGCCGUGGCACGUCAUCACUGGCCACCGGCGAGCAGGUACCGGGAGUCCCCAGUCCGCUCGCUGUGCUGGAUCAUCGGCUGAGUAUCUACGACAACGUGCCUGACGACCAGCGGCUGUCUGAGAGCGGAGGUGGAGGAAGUGGCAGGGAUGCAGAAAGGAUGGGCGAGGAAUCAGAGGUGAGUCGAUUGUUGGCAGACGAAGAUGUUUUCUCCGCUCUGGAUAGCGUUCUGGAGAGGAUCGGCAACCUGCAACAACUGGUGUCAACGUGGUCUGAAAAUCUAUCCGAGGACGACUGUCAAAGAGGUUCCUCCUCCUCUUCUCCCUCCUUGUCCUCGUCUUCCUCCCAGGACUCACCUGGUCGCGGCUCAUCGGCCGCCUCCCUGUGCCCGUCUUCCCCCAGCCACGUCCACCUGGAGGCUCAGCCUCCAGAGGAGACGGAGGAAGAGCAGGAGGUGAAGAGCCAUGCGCAGGUACCUGUGAAUGGAGAGGAGCCAAAGACCAGAUCACUGCAAUCCAGAUGCAGCAGAGUGAGCCAGCAGCUGCACUGGUCCAGCGAGCAGAACCUGCCCUCCCUGCCCACCAGUCCGGGAGUGGAGAGCCAGUCCGUGUCCCAGUUCCUCCUGCUGCAGAAACUCUCCCUCCUCAAGCUCACCGCUCUGAUGGACAAAUACUCCCCGUCCAGUAAGCAGGGAUGGAACUGGACGGUUCCUAAACCACCGAGGAAGACGAAGGUGACGGACAUGAAAGGCCGGAGGGUUUUCGAGGUUCCUCUGCUCCUCAGCGUCCAGCAGACAGGAGAACCGCUUCCACCCAGCAUCCUCCGAGCGCUGGUCUACCUGAGGGCCGAGUGUCUGGACCAGGUGGGUCUUUUCCGUAAGUCGGGGGCCAAGUCUCGUAUCCAGUACCUGCGCGAGCUGGUGGAGUCGGACCCAGACGGCGUUUCAUACGACGGCCAGUCGGCCUUCGACGUGGCCGACAUGGUGAAGCAGUACUUCAGAGACCUGCCUGAACCCAUCUUCACCAGCAAGCUCUGCGAAUCCUUCCUCCACAUUUACCAAUAUUUCCCCAAGGAUCAGCAGCUGGUCGCGGCUCAGGCGGCCAUCUUGCUGCUUCCCGACGAGAACCGGAUGGCGCUGCGAGCGCUGCUGUUCUUCCUGCGGGACGUGGUGGCGUGCGUGGACGAGAACCAAAUGACUCCGACCAACAUCGCGGUUUGCCUGGCGCCGUCGCUUUUCCACCUCAACACGCUGAAGAAAGACGCCAACGCAGCCAGGUCGAGUCAUAGGAAGUACAGCCUGGGCCGCCCAGAUCAGAGGGACCUGAGUGAGAAUCUGGCUGCCACCCAGGGACUGGCCAACAUGAUCACCGAGGCUCAGAGACUCUUCCAGCUUCCAGAUUUUUGGCCCGGUCAGCAUUCGGGUGCUGCAGGCUCCAGUGAGGACUCCUUCUCGGAGGGAGGAGGAGGAGGAGGAGGCCCGGUGUCCCCCAGUCAGAGUGCAGCUGAGGAGGAGCAGGAGAAGAGGAGGAGCCACCUGCAGCUGAGCACCAAGCACCUCCUGAAGGAGGCCAGGGAGAAGAGCCGAGGCUGGGAGAGCCAUCAAGGCCCAGAACAUGUGGAUCUGGCCUUCAAGAAGAUGGACGACGGCGGCCUGCUGUGGAUGUGGCGCGGCUCCGUGGAGGUGGAAGCCCCCGAGAAGGAGCUGCUCCAUCGGCUGCUGAGGGAGCAGGAGCUGUGGGAGGGGGGCCUGCGCCAGGCGGCCACCAUCCAGACCUUGUCCGAGGACUCCGAAGUCUACCGCUACCUCCUCGAGGGCCAAGGCCACGCCCUGGGCUCCCGGCUCCCACAGGAGCACCUGCUGCUCAGGACAUGGCAGGCGGACCCGUCCUCCGGCCCACUUAACCUGGCCUCUGUAUCCACGGAGCACCCUGAGGUGCUGCCGGAGGGGGUCAGGGCCCUCGUCCACUCCUGCCUCUACCUGCUGGAGCCCACAGGGGCCCGGAGGACCCGACUGACGCACCUCUGUCGCACAGAUACAAGGGGCCGGUCGCACGAGUGGCACAGCAAAGUCAGCGGGCAUCUUCUGGCCGCCGGUCUCCUGGCCAUCAGGGACUCCUUCAGAGAGACCAAGAUAUGAGCCCAUGCAGACGUGAGCCGGCUGAGGACGACCCGGUGGAUGUCGAGCACUCACCUCCGAAACUUGCAGUCUUGGUUGAACUGCAUCACUUCCUUUCGGGGGCCGGAGGCUGGAAACAAGGAGACGACGACUGGCGAUAUUCUCACAAGACUUUCUCUUGAGUUUUCAAAGUAAAAAAAAAAAAAAAAAAAAAAAAAGAACUUGUGGCCCCAGAGCGCAGCGAGAGGGGGAAAGGUGACCUGUGAGGGCUUCCCUGAAACAUUUGAUCCACGUUCUCUUUCAACUUGCUGCAUGCGUUCCCUUUUCUUUUCUUUUUUUUUUUGUUGUUGUUGUCAGUGACCUUGCAGUCUUGCCAGCAGCACACACCCAAAAUAGAAAUGCAAAAACCGUGGCGAGCUUUGACAGAGGACGCGUUGACGGGAAAUACGAGAAGCCGAGGCCCGAUUUGGCUUCUAACUGAGGAACGAGGACGAGAUGGUGACAUUUGAAUUUCUUCUUGGCUCGUUGCCUCAAACAAAGAAAAAGAGAAUCACAAAUUGAGUUAUUGUUCUCCGUCGUAUUCUUUCCUGGACACACAGAGAGAGACGAGGGGGAGGGGGGGGGCACACGGCCGCCGCCUGGACGAACACAGGAAAUAAGGACAGAGGAGAUGAGGAAACAGACUUUUCAGCCACCAGACGUUUGGCUUCAGUUGAAAGGAGAGAAGGGAAAGGAACGAAGCCACGUGGCGGAGAGAAGCGAGACACAGCGGCCCUGGAAAAACCGCUGAGGUGACUCGAUGGAGGGGGGGGGGGG